UUAUGAAUUCAAUAAGUUUGGGGGCAACUGGGUCGGGUAGUGGAUCAAAUUUGGGUUGGGUUUUAAUUAGAACCGGAUAUUAAAAUUGGGGAUGAGUCAUUUAUUGUCACUCCGUUUAAAUUAGGGGCAAAUUAGUGCCAAAGUAUAACGAUAGAGGCACAAUUGGACGAAAAAUAUAAUGAAGGGUAUGAAUAAACAAGGGCUCCCAAUAAAUAAUAUCUGAAGAUUCAGGGUAUUUUUAACCCUUUUCUGUACAAACUACUACUCAUAAACUUAGGACAAACCAGUAAAAGUAAUUUGUAGAAAAUUUAAAAUUUUUAAAUCCUGGCAAUUUAAUGGUACAAGUGGUUACUAUCUUUUCACUUGUAAUAAUUUACCUUGAAAUUAGGCUGAAAAAAGGACUUCCAAAAAAAAAAAAAAAGAGAGAGAGAAGUAAAAUACUGAAGUUGAUAAGGGGAAGAAGAAGUGUGGAUAAAGAGGCGAAAAGCAUUUGGGAAUAGAAAAUGAAGCUGCUACUCCAAUUACCUCAGCCACUCCUCGGCAAGUCUCAUACUAUUUGCCAUUCAAUUCCGUCCUUCAUGCCCCGAGCACUUUCCAACAAUCAUUCCGCGACCCAGUUUGAUCUUUCCUUAACCGUGAAGAGGAAAGCAUCAGAGAUAUCCCCUGACUUGAAAGGAACUUGUUUAUUCCUUGUUGGCAUAAACAGCUCCAUCAAAUCCGACUCGGCGAAACUUCUUGCAGAUGCACUGCGCUAUUAUUAUUUUGACAGUGAUAGUGUCGUUGAAGAAGCUUUGGGAGGAAAGGAUGCUGUCAGGUCGUUAAUGAAGACAGACUUGAAAGGCUUUCGAGACUCAGAGACAGAAGUACUGAAGCAGUUGUCAUCCAUGGGUCGCCUUGUUGUUUGUGCUGGGAAUGGUGCAGUUCAGCGUGCAGCUAAUCUGGCGCUUAUGAGACAUGGCAUAUCAAUAUGGAUCGAUGUGCCCUUGGAUAUGGUAGCCAAGCAGAUUGUGGAGGAGAAUUUUCAAAUUCCUGCUGCUGAAACAAUAAAUGGAUCAUACCCUGAGGUGUUGACUCAAUUAACUGCUAUUUAUGAAGAUAGCCGUAAUGGAUAUGCUACAGCUGAUACAACUAUUGCACUACAGAAGGUUGCUUCUCGGUUAGGCUAUGAUACAUUGGAGGCAGUGACCACAGAGGAUAUGGUUUUGGAGACUCUGAAGGAGAUAGAGAGAUUGAUGAGAUCAAAGAAGUUGAUGGAAGAAGCUGCCAGGCCAUUUUAGUUUCAAUCACCACCAGUACCAAUUAUUUUGAAUCAACACUUAUUGGUUGGAGCCGCAAGUGCUGUGCUGAAGUUGGAGAAUGAUGCAAUGCUGAAGCUCUAGUAGUUGAAUGACUGGUAUUGUGAGAUUAAUUCUUAAGCGGCAUGUAUGUUGUGAGUAUUGUAAAUGUUGUAUUUUUGUGCACAUUUGUAUCUUACGGUGGUCGGAUGAAACUCUCUUCUGAUUGUCAAUCUGCAACUAAGUUUCAACCACCUAAUCUUUGUUCACUUAAA